AUGAUGAACAGUAUUGUCCUUCAUAGCAGUGCCUCGUCCUUGAGACGGGGGCCUACAGAAUACAAAGCUGAAAUUAUCCAUUUCUAUACCUUGACUUAUCAAGACCUCCGCCAGAAAGACACGUCAAGACUAUCAAUUGAUCAAUUGGAAAGCAAUCUUGUUCCGGGAGAAGCAACUGCCGACGAAGAAGUACCGAGUAAUGGUUCAACAGUUACAGCGAAAGCCCAGAUACAAAAAUGCGCGACAGCAGAACCAUCCAUUGUUGAAAGCGCACCUACCGAAAUCAUCAACAAGAUAUUGAACAAUCUCCUCCAAGAAGACUUUCCUGAUAUCUGCUCAGCUCUUUGUUUCGGCCUGACUUCCCACAGAAAUUGGACAAUACUUCGUAACCUGGACCAUACAAGCUACCUCAAAGAACAUAUGGACCAUAUUCCAAGUAUUAUCGAUUUCAAAUAA